AUGCCCGACUUUAACUUAACUUACUUCCAGGACUGGACCGCACCUGCGAGCUGGAGUUAUGGCCUGAGUAUUCCCAUAGUGGGAUUAUUAUGCUCGCUAGGGUCUUCGGACCAGAGUCACUCUAGCAAUUCGUCUGCGCACUCGUAUGGCUCUGAUUCAUUCCUAAACAUCCGAGCCCAGGACACUCGUCGACGCCGACGCCGGAAGAACCACAAGUAUCGCAAUCCACUGAACGUGGCCAAAGACGAUGCUAAUCGCAUCUAUCAAUGCACUUUCUGCACCGACACUUUCAGAUCCAGAUAUGACUGGACACGACACGAAGGCACCCUUCACCUCGUUCUCGAGAAAUGGACCUGUUCACCCUACGGGCCGAGGUUCUGCGGUCCCAACGGCGACGAAGCUCUCUGUGCCUUCUGCGGUGAAUUCAACCCCGCCAACGAACAUAUCCAGACGCACAGGUACCAAGAAUGUGCGGCGAAGCCGCAAAGCGCCCGCGUCUUCUAUCGCAAAGACCAUCUGCGUCAACACCUUCGCUUAGCCCAUCAAGUCAACGAGAUACUGCCAUCCAUGAAUGCUUGGAAGUCUAAGGUUACGAAGCUGAAGUCGCGAUGCGGGUUUUGUGGUGAAACCUUCACCGAGUGGUCUGCUCGCAACGAUCACAUUGUCGACCAUUACCGAGAAGGUGCUCUGAUGAAGGACUGGAAAGGUUGUCGGGGUUUCGAGCCAGCCGUUGCGUUACUCGUUCAAAAUGCCAUGCCGCCGUAUCUGAUCGGUGCCGAGGCCAACAACAUCGAACCUUUCAGUGCUUCACGCGGCGCCUCACGAUCACCCGAUGCGGACGCCAUCGGAUCAAGCAUGCCGUCGCAGUUCGAGUCCUUGACAGCUAAACUUGGCGACUACGUCAAGACUGCGAUGAGAAAUGGAGAGUCUGUGACAGACGACUCGAUUCGAAGGGAAGCUCGAAUCAUCCUAUACUCCGAGGACGAUCCUUGGCAUCAGACGCCAGCAGACAAUCUAGAUUAUCUGAAGUUGUUCAAGGCUGGUUACGGCCUACCCUCGGACACAGAACCGGGAUCGUUUGCCCCAACAUUCUCUGCCGGAAACGAGUUAAUGGAUUUCACGAUCGACUCACUCAAUUCCACGGACUCGACGAUCAUGGCGCCGUUCACUUUUGAAAAUAUGCAGCAUGCAGCCACUUCAACUUCCGCCGCUGUUCCAUUGGAUUUAUAUGACGGUUCGCUGGAUGAGUUCUCUGUGAAUGGAUUGAAUGUUCCGUGGUUGUGGCAGACUCCAGAGUGUCUAGCUGAAUUCAGGCAGAUGAGCUGCAUGUCUUCAACGAACAUGCCUAGACUUGAGGACAACUGCACCUUGAAUGAUCCUUUCUUCGGAAUGCCAGCUUUGGAGCCUACCUUGGGACUAGAUGAAAAUGUUAAUAAGAAGUAA